AUGGAUAUAGACGAAGAUGAUUUUGUCUUCUUCGGUACACCGAUAGAGCGUGAGGAAGAGCUAACCAGUCGCAAGAAAAAGCCGUCGCGGAAGCCUCCGGUCACCUCCGUUAGAGAUGAAGAAGGAAGGAGAAGAUUUCAUGGAGCAUUUACUGGUGGAUUCUCAGCUGGUUAUUACAACACAGCUGGUUCAAAAGAAGGAUGGGCUCCUCAGUCGUUCACGUCUUCUCGGAAAAAUAGAGCUGAAUUUAAACAGCAGAGCAUUCUCAACUUCUUAGAUGAAGAUGAGAAAGAGGAAUUGGAAGGUCGAUCUUUGGGGACGUCAUCACAGUUUGAUACGUUUGGAUUUACAGCUGCUGAAAUUGCUCGUAAAAAAGCUGAGAAUGAACAACAGCAGAGGCCUUCUGCAAUUCCUGGACCUGCUCCUGAUGAAAUAGUUCUUCCAGCCACAGAGUCUAUUGGUGUAAAAUUGCUGCUGAAGAUGGGAUGGAGACAUGGUCACUCAAUCAAGGAUUCACGUGCAAAUUCACUUUACAAGGCUCGUAGAGAAGCAAGAAAAGCCUUCCUAGCAUUUUCAUCUGAUGAUGCAAAAUCACAGCUUGAAGCUGAGCCUGGUGAGGAAAACCUCAAAAGCAGCUUAGACCAGCCCAUUAAUGAUGAUGUCCCCUCUUCUCAAAGCACACCUGUAUAUAUACUAAACCCAAAGGAGGACACACAUGGUUUAGGGUAUGAUCCCUAUAAGCAUGCUCCUGAGUUCAGAGGAAGGGCUGCUCCUGGUUUUGGCAUUGGAGCACUUGAAGAAUAUGAUGCUGAAGAUGAGGACGUAUAUGCCUCUGCUUAUGACUUUGAAGAUACACAUGUCCAAGAAGAUGAAGAGCCCCUGAAAUCCAACACCGAAAAUAGGCCAAAAUUGCUCUGGAAGGAGAAGGGUGUUCUACCUGGCUUUAAAGCUGCAUCAGAUUCUGACUACCAGUUGGAGAGAAAGUUGUGGGAGGAGCAACAGAAACAUAACGGUCAAAAGAAGAUUGCUUUGGAUGGGAAAUCAUCUUCAAGCGUACAGAAGAUGACAGCAGAGAGCCGUGGCAAAAUUUUAGGGGAAAUGCCUUUAGAAAGAAGCUCAAGAGAUUUGAGUUCAUCUGUUGCAUCUGGAGAUGUCAAUCUCCCGUUCAAUCUUUCAGAUACAUUUACAAAGCCUACAUCUUUUAGUGAGUUGCUGGAAGUAGCAAAACCAUUCAAUGAUGAUCCUGCAAAGCAAGAAAGAUUUGAGCAGUUUCUCAGAGAAAAAUACCAAGGAGGGAUUCGCUCUACAGUUUCUGGUGGAGCUAGCAAUAUGUCAGAAGCAGCUCGUGCAUAUGAGAGAUUAGAUUUUGAGGCUGCAGCUGAUGCAAUAGAAAAAGGGAAAUUCAGCAAGGAAAACAAACUCUUUAGUCAGCAGCUUAUGGAGUUUUCGGCCGGUAGAGGGAUGCAAUUCACUUCUGGUGGACUACAGCAAGGUAAAGAUACUCAGGAUGAAGAUUUAGCAACAAAGAAAAUUUACCCUAUAAGGGAAGAAUUUCAAUGGCGUCCUUCAUCCAUCCUGUGCAAGCGCUUUGAUCUAGUUGAUCCUUAUAUGGGAAAGCCGCCACCAUCUCCACGGAUGAGAAGCAAGAUGGAUUCUCUAAUAGUUACUUCAGAUUUGAAAGCAAUGAAAAUGGAGGAAGCUUUUAGUGCAGAUAGAAAUCAACCUUUGGUUCAAUCAUCGGCUCAAGAAGUAAGCAAAGAUGUAGUGGAUAGUGAAAUUGAAGUCAAGGUUCAUGUUGAAAAUGUCGAGAGGCCUGUUGACCUCUAUAAGGCUAUUUUCUCUGAUGAUUCUGAUGAUGAGGUUGAAGCCUCCUCAAACUUCAACGCAAAGGAGGAUCCAGAAAAGCAGAUUGAGGUGGCUCACUCAACAUUAAAUCGCUUGAUGGCCGGUGACUUUCUAGAAUCAUUGGGGAAAGAACUGGGAUUAGAGGUUCCCCCUGAUCCACCUUACUCAACCAAUAUUGCCAGGUCUUCUGUUCCCCAGAAAGAAUCUGCAAUUGCCAAUACUGGUAAUGUGAAUAUCCUGCCAGUUGAAGAAAAUUCAUUUUCCACUCCCGAUGGCUGCAGUGUUUCCCAAAAAGAAGGGUUGCCUCAUGAUGAAAAGACUGCUAAAAGGGGUGAAUCCAAAAAGCAUGAACAGCCUGGGUCAUAUGAAGACAAAUCUGACAAACUUUAUUCAUCAAAGAUAGGUCAAGAAGAUAGGGAAGCUAAAUCACCUCCUAGCUGCCAUAGAAAAAGGGGCAGUAGUUCAUCAUCUGAAGAUGAAAGGAGUAGGAAACGGUCUAGAGGACAUCGGUACAGAAGUAGUGACUUGUACAGUGAUUCAUCUUCUGAUCAUCUAGAUCGAUACCAUUCUAGGUCAAAAGGAAGAAAGAAAAGGUACUCUCGAGAAAAGAGGAGCAGCAAAAAACAUUCAAAACAUCAUAAGCAUGGAAGCAGGGACUCUUCCAGCAGAUCUUAUUAUGAAGUUGUCCUAUCGAAUCUUCUUGUUUCCAUGACAUCUGUUGAGGCAGAAGUCAUAGAACCCUUAGAGGAUGCUUUUGGUGGUGGCAGUUAUUGA